ACUAAUCAGUACUGUGUAAACUAUACUCUCUUAAAUAAUAACAGUUUAAUUUCAAAUUAAAGACAUCAUUUCCACUCUAUAAAGAUUAUGCGUCUGUUUGUUUAUAAAAUUCUUCUGGAUCAAUGUCGUCGGACCAGGAUGCCUUCUUCGAAGUGGCUCUGGACCUGAUAGCCUCUGACUUGGAGCUCCUAGAGCUCUCAAUCAAUGAUAUAAACAUCGCACUAGGAGGAAGCCCAGUUCUGAUCCCUGAUUCUUACGUGAAAAAGGUUAGAGAAGGUGGGCUUUAUGAAUCUUUUACCAGAAGUGCAAGGAAUUCAAGAAUUUAUAAGUGCUAUGAAAGGUUUAAAGGACUUGAUUUACAAGUCGACAGCUUCUUUAGAAUUUUAAAAUUACACCUGGACCGCGGAUUCUCAUUUCUAAAACGAUUUAAACCGAUAAACCAUUUAGUUACCGUGAAGCUCUUUUGCCUGUGCUACGUUGAUGUCAUUUUUGAUUUAUACUACGGAGUACUGAAACAGGUUGUAAACUUUACAAUCCACGACUGCGUUUAUGUUUUCAAGUUUUUUUCUAGGCUGGACAACACGCUCUCUACCCACAGAAUAAAACAUGUGUACGUCAGGGAUGAAAUCUACGACCUCAUCUUACACGCCCUAUGGUUCGCACUAAAGGAUGCCUGGUGGCUGUAUAUGGACCCUAAAUUCAUAAAGCCUUUGUUUCCAUUCAUAGCACACAUGAGAGUAAAUGAACACUAUGAAGUGACGAUCCAUGAUUUAAACCACGUACUACACAACAUACACUUUGUAACAAUAAUCUCUCAGGAUAUCGCAUAUCAGUCUGAAACGGCAACAGUCGUUGACCUACCUCCAGCUACACCUGAUAAAAUAUAUACGCAAAUACCUAACACAGGAAGCGCAAAUCACUCUCCAAAUCCAGGAGAGGGUUCAAUUAAGUAUGAAGAUAUAUCGGAAUCUGACCUCCAAAUCAAAUACCUCGGGACUGUAAACACCUUUGGAAUUGAUGAGUCAAAAACUGAAGUUGAUAAAACAGGCUCAGUUAACCCAGAUGAACCAACUGAAGGAGCUAAUAAAGUGGAUUCUGUAAACCAAGUUGACACAGUGGAUGAACCAGAGUCACUAGAAUGGAUGAAGGUGGGUGGAACAUCCUCAGAAAGCGCUAACUUUGAUCUUUUAGCCUCAUCUAACCACUUAGGAGAUAUUCAAUUCUCAAAAUACCAGUUUGACCCAGAUGAUUAUUCAGAUAACUUCCCUAACGAUAUUGAUAACUUUAGAGUCGAGUCUGAAGUUGAUUCAGACCCCAGUUGGUCCCAGGUCAUUUACGUGGUUCUGGUUGGAUUUAUAUAUAUUGUCCUUUUUGAGUCAUAUAUUAAGGAGGUUUCAAACAGUUUAAACACCAAAAUGAGUCCUGCAAACUACGUCAACUUCUUAAUAAAGAGGCUCCAGGAUGUCAUUCAGGUAACAAGUCUUAUUGUGGAAGUUGACUGUAACUUUACUGCAUGGGCAAGAGAUAAGCUUGGAGACUCGUCGGACCCAUACCUCUCAACAUGUUUCAAUUCAUACUCUGAUGAUGUGUUUUCAUUUAACAAUAACUAUACAUACAGGUAUAGGGAUUUAUAUACAGAUAGACCUAGAGUCAAUUACACAUUCUCCCACCACCCCGAGUAUAAAAAUGACACAAACACUAAUAACCCAUACAUAUCAUUUAAUUCAAAGGAUCAAAUGAACCUGUACAUUUUAUCACUAAGUUUUGAUAGAGCGCAGAAACUACAAUAUGAUCUAAUUAAAAGAGUAUCUGCGGUUUGCUCAGCCCCAACACUGAGGUAUAUCGACAACUUGUACUUUUUAACUGAUUCGAGUUUGUACAGAGAGAUUUUGUAUAACCCAGAAAAGUAUCUGAUAAGCCCAAACGGGCCUCUGUCAAAGAGUUGUAAACACCUGCCAAUCAGAUUCAAAAGGGCAAUUUUUGUCGAAACCUACCUCAAAAUUGUUUCCAAGUACGUCACCAAGGUUACAGAUUAUGAAUCUGAGCCGUGCGAGGCCAUUUUCUUCGACUCGAUGUCACUUUGGGACUCAGUUUUGGACUUUUUUGACUUUUCAGCAAACCCACAAAUCGUUGAAGAGGAGUGUGUUAAACUAGUGUCAAACUUGCUGGACAGGAUCAAGUUCACGCAUCGGGUUGAUUUGAGUGAAUUGAACUCUUUUAAGAAUAAGUUCAGCAGUAGCUUUUUCACAUUUUCAAAUUCAUCUGAAUCCCUGAUUUCAUCCUAUGCAUACAAGUGUAUAUCGUUUCUGAAAUCUGAAACCUCUUGUAAAUUUGACUCUAAUUCUGUACUUGCAGAAUCUGAUGACUCUGUUACGAGGGAUGUAACUGACUAUACUACAGAUGAUGGCUCACUGGAUGAAAUUUGUCUGGAUAAGUUUAAUGUUUGGCUAGACGGUGUUCGUAAGAAGCGCAUGCUUGUUUUCGGGAAUGUUAUUCUGUUCUUCAGGGACAACUCACUACUUCAGCCCGUUGGGUUCAUUUCAUUCGACUCAAUCUACUCUGUCCUUGGCCCGAGAACAAUGGCUCAAGUCCAUCCAAAUGUACAUAUUUUGGAAAAUAAUAGUGAAAACGACAGUUUCAGCUGUGGAACUAGCGAUUCUAGUGAUUUAUCCGAUUCGUCAGAGGACCCACACCCCCGGGACAUUGAAGACAAAGAUUCACCAAAUAUUAGCAACUCUUAUACUGUUAAUGGAGAUAUGGAUAUGAAAGCAAUAAGACGUGAUAACGGCAGUAGUAAUAGUGCAAAAACGAGUAGGCGUACUAGUGUGUCCGAUAACAUGAUGGUUUGGGGUUGGCAGGUUCGACUUGAGCUACUUGACUCUUGUGUUUUGGAAGAUUUCUCAAAAUUUGACGUUGUGGCGGAUUUCGAAUUUCCAAGCCCAGAAAACAGAAAGUUCUGGCAACAACUGAUCAAGGAUAACCCUGGAACAAGGCCGCAAUUUUUGUCCUGGCCCUACCACACCUUUUUCUUUGACUCAAUUUAAUAUAUAC